AUAUACUCUUUGGACAAUGGACAUUACUACACUCUACUGUCUACAUAAUACAUAUUUCGUUGUAUCCAACACGACCGUGUCUAUGAAGUGACACAUCUUUACUUAUAUACCUGUGUUAUAUACUCUUUGGUAUCCAAUUUUAUUGAAUGCAACAUUAAAAUAAUUAAAUUAUAUAGGUUAUAAACAUUUUACAUAAAUAAACAGCAUUUUUUAUAACUUAAAAUUAAGGAUAUUUAAGAUGGAGGUGGUCAAAUACAUUGGAAAGUAUCUUAAUACGCCAGUUGGGACAGUCUGUUACAAUACUGACAAAGUAUUAACAACUAUAUUAGAUAAGGAAAAUGUAGAAGGGUUUGCUAGUAUCAUUUUGAAAUUAGUAACAAAAAGUGGUGUUACAAUGAGUCCAGAGCAAAGACUUCUUAGCUACCAAUGGCUAGAACAUUUAGCUGUAUAUAGUAACCAAGCAGUUACUAAUCCUACAUUUGCUAAGAAUUUUUUACAGGGUCUUAAUGCUACUCUUGAAAACAAUACUUAUUUAAUUGGAAAUCACCUUACUAUAACAGAUAUAGCAGCAUACCAUGUACUGUAUCCAUUAAUUGAACGACUUACAGUUUCAGAGCAAGAAUCAUUACUACAUGUUUGUAGGUGGUCAAAGCAUGUUCAGUCUCAACCCAAAGUGAGUGAAAACCGGAGUCCAUUAUCUUUAAAUACAUUGACUCUGUCGCUCCAUGCACCAGUAGUCCAGUGAAGAAAAAAAAAUGUAUUCCAUUUGAGAUUUUUUUUUAUCAGUAAUAAAAUUUGAUUUGUACCAAAAUUUUAAAAUUCCAUUGUAUUUUAAUUAUUGAUAUUUAAAUACAUUGGUAGGGUGAUGUAUAAUUGAAUUGCAAUUUAAUGGUAAUGACAUAACAAUAAAUGAUUUUAAACACUA